AACCUAAGCCCUCACUUGUUUUGAGUUUCUUGGUAUUAAAAACUGAGUAGCAUUUGGACUCCUAGGCCUUAAAAUUGUCCUGUUUCCUCCUCUCCAUCUUGAACAGAUGAUUUUCCUAAGCCCCAGAUCACUGUCCAGCCAGAAACACAGUCGGCAAUAAAAGGUUCCAAUUUGAGUUUUAUCUGCUCAGCCGCCAGCAGCAGUGACUCCCCAAUGACUUUUGCUUGGAAAAAAGACAAUGAACUACUGCAUGAUGCCGAAAUGGAAAACUAUGCACACCUGCGGGCCCAAGGAGGCGAGGUGAUGGAGUACACCACCAUUCUCCGGCUCCGCAACGUGGAAUUUACCAGUGAAGGGAAAUACCAGUGUGUCAUCUCCAAUCACUUCGGUUCAUCCUACUCUGUCAAAGCCAAGCUUACAGUAAAUAUGCUCCCUUCCUUCACCAAGACCCCCAUGGACCUUACCAUCCGUGCUGGGGCCAUGGCACGCUUGGAGUGCGCUGCCCUGGGACAUCCAGCCCCGCAGAUAGCCUGGCAAAAGGAUGGGGGCACAGACUUCCCCGCCGCGAGGGAGAGACGCAUGCAUGUUAUGCCUGAGGAUGAUGUGUUCUUUAUCGUGGAUGUGAAGAUCGAGGACAUCGGGGUUUAUAGCUGCACAGCUCAGAACAGUGCAGGAAGCAUUUCUGCAAAUGCAACUCUGACUGUCCUAGAAACACCAUCAUUUUUGCGGCCCCUGUUGGACCGAACGGUAACCAAGGGAGAAACGGCUGUCCUGCAGUGCAUCGCUGGAGGCAGCCCUCCUCCCAGAUUGAACUGGACCAAGGAUGACAGCCCCUUGGUGGUCACCGAAAGGCACUUUUUUGCAGCAGGCAAUCAGCUGCUGAUCAUUGUGGACUCUGAUGUCAGUGAUGCCGGGAAAUACACGUGUGAAAUGUCUAACACCCUCGGCACUGAGAGAGGCAACGUGCGCCUCAGUGUAAUGCCCACUCCCACCUGUGACUCCCCUCAGAUGACUGUCUCGUCCUUAGACGAUGAUGGAUGGGCCACCGUGGGUGUCGUGAUCAUAGCAGUGGUUUGCUGUGUGGUGGGCACGUCACUCGUGUGGGUGGUCAUCAUAUACCACACAAGGCGGAGGAACGAGGAUUGCAGCAUCACCAACACAGAUGAGACCAACUUGCCAGCAGAUAUCCCUAGUUACUUGUCAUCUCAGGGAACCUUAGCCGACAGACAGGAUGGGUACAUCUCCUCAGAAAGUGGAAGCCACCACCAGUUUGUCACGUCUUCAGGAGGCGGGUUUUUCUUACCACAACAUGACAGCAGUGGGACAUGCCAUGUUGACAAUAGUAGUGAAGCCGACAUGGAAGUUGCCACGGAUCCAUUCCUUUGUCCCUUUUUGGGGUCCUCAGGCGCGGUGUAUUUGAAGGGGAAUGUGUACGGCUCGGAUCCGUUUGAAGCCUAUCAUACAGGUUGUGGCCCUGACCUGAGAACAGCCUUAAUGGACCACUGUGAGCCCAGUUACAUAAAGAAAAAGGAGUGCUACUCAUGUCCUUAUCCUUCAGAAGAAUCCUGUGAACAGAGUGUCAGUGACAUAGGAUGGCCUUCACACGUGAGGAAGUUAAUCAGCUCUACUUACACUCAAAAUGAAGGACCUGGAAUGAGAAGUUUGUGUCUAAACAAGUCCUCUUUAGGUUUUAGUCCAAGUCCAGAGCCAGCAUCGGUUACUUUAAGUAAUUCUUCCCUGGGAACAUUUGGAAAGCCGCUGAAGAGAGCUCAUCUGGAUGCCUUUUCAAGCUUUGGACAGCCAGUGGAUUGUCAGCCAAGAGCCUUUCACCUGAAAGCUCGUUCUUCCCCAGACUUGGACUCUGAGUCAGAGGAAUAUGGGAAAGAAAGGACAGAUUUUCAGCAAGAAAAUCACACGUGUACCUAUAAACAGACUUUAGAAAACCACAGGACUCCACAUUUUCAGUCUUAUGACUUGGACACAUAGACUGAAUGGGAGCAAAGAAGAGCUCAAACAUACUACCUCAAGUGGACUUUUAUUUAAAAGAGAGAAUCCUAUGUUUUUAAAUGGAGUUAUGAAUUUUAAAAGGAUAAAAUGUCUUAUUUAUACAGAUGGACCAAAAUUACAAAAAGUUAUAAAAAUUUUAUACUGGGAGUAACUUUCAUAUAAGAAUACCUUUUUAAACUAUUUUAACUUUGUUUUACGCAAAAAAAAAAUCUUAUGUAAAUUAAUGGUAUGAAUCCAUGACUAUUUUAUGUAUUUUUAUAAUGCCAGAUUUCUUUUUAUUGAAAACGAGUACUAAAGCAUUUUAAAUAAUACCUGUCUUGUACCCUUUUUGACUAGAGUUCACUUAAUUUUAUUUUGCACAUUGCAUUUAAUAAAAUGUGUCAUUUUGA